UCCCAUGUAACAUUUCUGGCACUUUUGUUGGCUCUGUUAUGGUUAGUGAGGGUGAGGGCGGAGGGCGAGCUAUUCUGACGUUAACUUUGUCAAGAAUGGCCAGUCCCCAAUGGGCACUAGCGGCCAGCAGUGUGCGGACACAGUCAGCCGGCAGUGCAACGCGACCAUCACAAGUGCGCGAGCCCGCGUCCGCCCGCCAUCAUUAAAUUUUUCCCGCCUUUGAUCUCUGUAAAGAUUAUAGAUAAAAAUAAUUAUUUAUUAAAGUAUAAAAUUAUUUUUUAGUGUUUUAAGUGUUGUGAAAUAUAGCUUCGGAAGAUUACCGGAGAUCUGAAGCCAAGUCGACAUGAAUAAAAAGUCGCAUAAGAAAAAGCAAAAGAAACGCGGCAAAGGCGACUGUCGCAACAAAGAGAACCAGGAAGAUGUACAGACUUCGGAGCCGACCCAGGAGCAGUCGCCAGCCAAGUCACAAGACGACCUCUGCUACGAGGUCAAGCACUCUGAUGUCAUGGGCAGGUACGUGGUGGCUCGGCGGGAGAUCGCCGCUGGUGAGGUGAUAAUGGAAGAGCCGGCGCUGGUGGUGGGCCCUUGCAGCGGCUGCGGCCUCAUCUGCCUCGGCUGCUACCGUGAGCUUGACGACAACGCCAUCGUAAAAUGCAAAGGCUGCUCUUGGCCGCUGUGCAGCGAGUCGUGUCCGGGGCAAGGCAAGUACACCGGGCACUCCGCCGCAGAGUGUACUACGCUGGGCGCCGUCACGCCAGACUACGACAACCUAGAAGAGUUGAAAGACUGCUAUCAUGCUAUCACACCCUUGAGAUGUUUAUUGUUGAAGAAAGAGGACCCUGCAAAGUGGGCGCUUGUGUGUGCGAUGGAGGCGCACAACGAGCUGCGGCGGGCGCGCGCCGACAUCUGGCCCGCCAAUCAGAAGCAUGUCGUCCGUCGCCUGCAGGAGUGGGGCCUGGACUACGACGAGGACGAGAUACACACCGUCUGCGGUAUACUUGAGGUGAACGCGUUCGAGGUCGGCGGCAGCGGGGCGAGCGCGCGCGCGCUGUACGACAAGGCGUACCUGCUGGCGCACGACUGCACGCCCAGCACCACGCACACGGACGCGGAGCGGCGCGCCGGCCGCCCGCUCACCGUGCGCGCCGCGCUGCCGCACCGCGCCGGGGACCUCGUCUCCCUCUGCUACGCCUACACGCUGCAGGGUACAUUAAAACGUCGCGAGCACUUAAAGCUGAGCAAGUUCUUCGAGUGCGCGUGCAAGCGGUGCGCGGACCCCACGGAGCUGGGCACGUUCUGCAGCGCCUUCCGCUGCCCCAAGUGCGGCGGCCGCGUGCUGGCCAGCGCGCCGCUGCACGCGCACGCCGCCUGGCACUGCUCCGCCGCCGGCUGCAGCUACGCCAUGCCCGUCGUCGCCGUGCAGAUGCUUCUCAAGAGAUUGACGGACGAGUUCGAGCAGAUAGACGCCAACGACGUGUGCGGGUUCGAGGGCUUCAUCCAGAAGUACAGCAGCGUGCUGCCGGCCAGCCACUACCUGUGCCUGUCGGCGCUGCACUCGCUGAGCCAGCUGUACGGCAAGGUGGCCGACUACAUGAUACACCAGAUGACGGACGCGCAGCUGCAGCGCAAGGUGCAAGUCUGCAGGGACCUCAUGAAGGUCUUCGAUCACAUCGAGCCGGGCUACUCCAGGUUGAGGGGAAUAACUUUGUAUGAACUGCACGCUCCGCUCAUGGUGUUGACGACGAGGGAUUUCGAAAAGAAAGCAAUCACUAAAGAUAAUCUCCGAGAGCGAUUAAAAGAGAUUGUGGGCUAUUUGACGGAGUCAGCGUUAAUCCUGGGCUUCGAGCCGUCGCAGACCUCCGAGGGUCUGAUGGCGUCUGCCGCCAGGGACGCGCUGAAGAAGAUCAAGACUUGGGAGCAGAUCAUCGGCAAGAUAUCGUGAAAUUAACAUUGAAAAAAAAAAACACGCCAAAAACCGCUAGUUUUCUAAUAUUUUUUUGUGUAAAUAAAAUUGAAGUAUACG